AUGAAUGCCCCUAGGUCUCAGAAACCCUUACUUGUUUUGUCUGAUUGCAUUACUGAGUUAAGACAGCUUGAAACCGAAGCUAAAUGUGAGACUGUGGAGUUGCAGAAAGGAGAUGCCAAGUCCAAUGAAGAAACUCAAGGUAAAAAGAAUGAUGCCAUGAAGAACAAGAUAAAACAGAUGACGGACGUGUCACGGAUAAAGACAACUCUGACAAUUGUUGAAGGAGAACGAGACCGAUAUAAGGCAAAACUACUGGCUGAAGAAAAUUCCAGACACCAACUGGAAGAGCAAAUAAAAAAGCUGGAGCAUGGUCAUGCUUCUUUGAACAGCGAGAAGUCCCAUCUCGAAAUUGAAUUCAAGACCAUGCAACAGAAACUGGACAUCAUGGAUAAGUUGUACCAACAGAAAGAGAAUGCACUCCAGCAAAAACUAACACAGGAAGAGUAUGAGCGUCGUGAAAAGGAGCAGAAACUAUCUGAAGUCGAUAGCAAGGCUGUGCAAGCACGAGAGGAAUUAAAGAUUUACAAGCAAAGAAUUCAAGAAAUCAGGGAGGAAUUACAAAAAACAGACCGCUUUUAUAAAAUUCAGAUUGCAUCUCAUGAAAAGAAAGCACAUGAAAACUGGCUUAAUGCACGAGCUGCUGAAAGGACUUUAGUGGAAGAGAAGAGAGAAACUUCAAACCUAAGACAAAAACUUGUUGAAGUUAAUGAUAAACUCAAAGAAAUCCAAAGAACUUCCCUAAUUAAAUCAACCCCUGGCCGCCCAGAUAGACAGAUCCCACCACCACAUAGAGGCACACUGAACCAUAACAACUGCUACGGCCCACCUCCUGUGAGUGGAGGUGACCCUUCCCACCCACCAAUGAUUGAGGGCCCUGGGCACCCUCCUUCUGCUCCUGUGGGCAGAAGAGAACCCUUCGGUCACAUGGAUGGUCAAUUUGGUCCAAGAAGACCCCCACCUGAAACUUCCACACGAUUUUCUGGCCCUGAACGUGGACUUCCACCUCCAUUCAGAGCAGAUGUUGGAGAAUGUGCCCCACCAUUGAUUUCUAGUGGCCCAAGGACUUCCUCGCCUAGCAUUCCAUUGGAUGACUCGGUAAGUCAGCGAGAUGGUUUGAUAACUAGUAAUACAACAUAAGUUGUCUCUUCUUGUAUCUCUGUCCUGUAUUUUUUCUUUCUUCAUUCACUUUUUCCUCUUCUGUUCAAAAGCAAAUCCCUGUUGAACCUCAGGCUUUAUCUUCUUCCCCACCAAAAGAACCAGCUACUGUGAGUAUACAGAGCAGGGUUGCAUGGUGUAUGUAACUAAUUGUGGGGACUGAUAUGCUUUAUAAAAAUGUAUGUAUUUAUAUGGGGAGCACACCAGAAAUGUGGAUUAUAACAUACACCACUAACGGAAGAGGGCAUAGUUCAGCAGCUUUUCCCAAGUGCACCUGCUUUGUUUAAAUUAAGCCAAGUAAUUGAUUUUUUUUAAUUCAUUUUUUUAGAUGAACUCUAAAGCUGAAGAUGCACCAUCAUUUCCAGGGGCUCCGAUCAUGAAUUCACCAGUGACCGGUCCUGCACAUCCACCACCAUCAAAAGGAUUUGCCCCUCCACCAAUGACCAGACCUCCCAACGGAUAUGGCCCUCUGCCCUUCGCUGGGCAUCCUCUACCUGUCCCAGGCCCUCGCUACAGACCUCCACAUCCAGUUAGAGGACCCUAUGGUCGCAUGCUAUA